AUGGAUCCCUCCACGGUCCAAGGAUCCGAUUCGACGCUCAUCUUUAAGGUUCCAAUAGAAGACUUGCACAGGAUACUCUCUUACUUGAUCAAACCAUGGGGCUCGCCUGAAAACCUCAACAUUCUUCUACUCUCGAAACAUAUGCACAAUGUCGCUCUUCCACUCACCGUGAAGAGGUUCGAGAAUCCCCUUGGCCUUGAGUAUGACAACUCCGAACCAGAGGCUCAAGUGGCAAGGUACCAGAGACGCAACGCCCGAUUUCUACGCUACCUACUUAUCAAAAAACCCGAACUUGCGCAGCAUGUUCAACACAUUGAUCUGAGAGCAUUGCGAGUUCAGGGAUCGACUCCAAAUUCAUUUGGCGAGCACAGCGAGGCCGACUUGACAAUUUAUGCGGACUUCUUGGUGAACAAGCUAAAGCUGGUCCUUCCAUAUGUUUCGGCAGUUGAAUGGAUCGACAGUCUUGGAAAAGGCUGUAGCGACGCCCACUUUGCGUUUCUGGUCACUUGCCUCCCCGAACUUUGCACGGUAGCCUAUAAUCCCGCCGGCAAUGACCAAGACGCUGAUGCACAGCGAGCUGGCGAGAUAGGUGAAAGCUUUGCCACCAUACGUGGCUUUCAUUCCACUUUGUUCCCUCUCUUCUAUGUUGGCUUUUGGGACAAUGGACUUUCAUCUCGCGAGAUCUGGCACUUUAGACCUAACAGUAUCUAUCAUGCAAUGUUCACGCGUCCCGACCUUCGGUCUAUUCUGAAGAACCACCUGGUAGGGGGUACUUCGAUGGCACAGAAGUUUGAACAGUUACCGCCAAGAGCUUCGCCCGUCGAGAAGAUCAGCCUAUCCCAAGCAUGUGUCUCCUAUCGCAUGGUGCAAGCCUUGCUGAACUCGUGCAGGGCUGUUGAAGAAUUCACGCUCGAGUCGGGCGGGUGUAUCUCGGGCAAGAACAUCGUCCCAGAGGUCAGACCGAGAGAAUUCAUGCAAGCCAUCUUGCCUCACGCAGGUACUCUGAAAUACCUCUGUGCCACUUUCGACUGCCUCCGAAGUAUGGACAUGGACGAGGUUAAGGCUGGAGCGUCCUUUUUUGGCCGGCAGCUUGCCGACAUGACGGCGCUCACCACACUUGUUGCGGACAUGGAAUCAGUCACCGCCGUACACUUUAGGAACAUGAAGAAUUGGUCCAGGGUGUUGCGGCCUCCCAAUGGAGACCCCGAGCUAGAGGACAUCCCAAGUCUGGCGGAAUGCCUUCCAGCGUCCCUCGAGUACCUCGAACUCCGCAACUGCACUCUGAUGUUUGGCGACCUCAUACAGGACUUUCUGCGGCACAUUGGCCCCGGCAGACAGUGUGCGAAGCUGAACCAUCUUCGUUUGCUCUUCAACUUUUACGAUUUGGAAGACGAAGACCAUCUUGAAUUGUGGAUGAAUGUAAACCUGCCGUUGAGACUGGACAUUGCCUACAUUCUACCUUCGAGCUAG